AUGGCGCAGGCGCUAGUUCCUCUCACCCAUGGCAAACGCGGUCCGCUCCCACCUUCAAGCUCUCCUCGUUCACCCACUUACUAUCAUCCAGAUUUCCUCGUCAAAGUCGCCGGUCUGAAUGGCCGUGUCUUUGAUACCGAUCCCGUCGUCGCCUACAUGCUGCUGGACAUGUCUCUGGAAGAGCGACUUGCGUAUCUCCCGACAUAUUGGUCCACACUCGUUCAGUCUGCCCUGAUGAACGGUGCAGUCAUCACCGAAGCCGACGGGUGGAAAGCAGCAUCGGUAAUUAUUCCACCUGGAAAGGGCAUCGAUAAUAUCUGGACGCUUCUGUACGCAGGCUUCCUUUGUGUUCUAUGGAGGAUUGGCAUCUCAGGCUUAAAGCGCCUGUGGACUGAAUUCUCCGGAAUGACAGAUAACGCUAAGCAGAAGGGUCUCCACGGUGAAAAUCGAUACUACUAUGUCUUCAGUAUUGGGACUGAGCACGAUCACCGCGGAAAAGGACUUGCCAAAGAGAUUAUGCGAUACCACCAAAAUAUCGCCCGCUCCGAGAACCUCCCCAUCUGGCUCGAGGCAACCACUCCAAGUUCACGCCAUUUAUACCUCUCCCUUGGAUUCCAAGAAAUCGAAGAGAUUAUCCUGGGAAAGGGCAAGGUUGCUCCUGAUUCUAGCAUCCAGCCUGGCGGCCCUGGAGUCUCGCUCUGGGCAAUGGUCUGGUGGCCAGAGUCGUCGGAGCACGCCCCUAAAUCGUGA